AUGGUGCCGCUGGACCUGACGCAGCCUUCUGCCGAGACGAUUCUUUGGGACUUGAUUCGUAGAGUUAAGCCGAUCGCCUUACAUGUGGGCAUGCCGUGCGGCACUUCUUCGAGGGCUCGUGAGCGCAAGUUGCCAUCCAAGCUUGUUGCAGCCGGGGCCCCGGAACCCCAGCCUUUGCGUGAUGCUCAGCACCCGCUAGGGCUGCCGCACAUCGAUCAUGCCUCUCUUGAUGGAAUUCGUGUCUACAAGGCCAACCAGCUGUAUGCCCUUUCUCUGAAGCUGGCCCUUUAUGCUGCCAGGCAUAAUCUUGUCAUCUCUUUAGAGAACCCCAGCCGUUCCUGGGCUUGGGCCGCCCUUGUCCAGAUGCUCCGGAAUCUUCGGUCCCCGGCUGAUGAGUGCUUGACUGCUUUCCUUCGCUCUCAGGGAACUUGCCUUGCUGCCCGCUGCGGCCUGCCCCAAGUGUCUUCUGCAGCCGUAGGGAAACAGUCCCGAAAGCACAAACCGCUGAUUCCUGAGUUUAAACAUGUCAUCACCGUUGCCUGUGAUGCCGUCACAAAAGGCAUGAAGGUUUUGCGCGAGGUCUCUUUUCAGGGGGAGAUUGCGGGAGACCACCGAUUGGCCGUUACAGGUGACAGCAACUUGGCUAACAAGGAUUUUGACAAAGAAGUGGAGCCCCCUUCUGGUUCGGGGACCCUAGGUGCCUCUCCUUCUCCCCCUUCGGGUUCUAGUAGGGAUCCUCCACAGGGAAAGUCGGUGAAAGUGGGCGUGUACCACAGCCCAAGCGAAUUUUGUGAGAUGGCCAAGAACUUGCAACAUCCGUUUGACUACAUGCAUCCCGUUGCUUCCAUUACCAAGGAGGCCGUUGAUUUCUUGAUGAAUUCCAGUCCCGACCAAGUCGCGCUGCAUCGCAAACUUGCCUUGUUGAAAUUGCAGCUUAUCAUCAAGAGAUCCGAGAAGGAGGAGGAGCGCCUUCAUGCAGGUAUGGAGGCUCCCGUGGCAAAGGUCAUGAAGGGCAAGAAGAUUGUUGCCUUAAGGACUUUGCUUGAACAGGUGAAGGCCAAGCUUCUGCAAGAGGUCACUCAGGAAGAGGUUAGGUUAGGCUUCCUUGAUGGGCCGUAUUCGGCUGAGGAGAUCACCAAUCUUGUUGGCCACGAGCAUUGGUGUGUGAUCAGACGUUUUCUUCUUGAUCAAGGUUCGAAGCAGCGUCCCAUCGAUGACGCGUGCCAGUCCCAGACUAAUGCAGCUUACAGCACCACCAUUCGCCUUGAGCUCCAUAACGCUGAUUACAUUGCAAGUGUUGCCCUCUUCAUCGCCAAGAAGGUCAAGGAGGGCCGUCAGCGUUUUGGUUCAGGGGAUUGGGUUGGUAAGUGCUUGGACUUGACUAAGGCCUACAAGCAGUUGGCAUUGCACCCUUCCCAUCGCGAUCUUUGCGUCACUUACUUCAGGGGGCCGGACGGGAAGGAAAUGUUCUUCCUUCCUAACUCCUUGAUGUUCGGCGCCACAGCUGCCGUGAUUCCUUCAGCGGUGUACUUUGACGAUUAUCCCAUCUUCACUCCUUGCGAGGGUUCAAAGGAUGCGGAUGAUGCAGCGAGCCAGUUCCUGUCCAUGUUGGG